AAUCCAUUUGUUGAAGGAUCUUCCUCAGACAAACAUCAUGGCUGGCCUUGUCCAUAUCAUUGUUGGUAUGUUGAUAUUAUGCUUUCACAAUGCGAGAAGCGCAUCAACCGUCAGCACGGACCAGUCCUCGAUGACAAUAGAGCAGCGAGUUACAGCGCUGGAAAGAACAAUUCAUGGACUUCAAACCCAGAAUCAGCAAUUAGUGGAUUGUGUGAUGAACAUAUCGUCAGACUAUUUCGAAACUGUCAAGUGCGCAAAGAGCAUCGUCACAGCAGGCCUCUCUUUCGGGAGAGCUGUAAUGUUUUUCGCCCAGCUGUCCCAUACGUUAUCCAGCGUAGCUGUAGAACAGGGUGUUGUGUUUGACACGGUUGUGACAAAUGUCGGGGAUUGCUACAGUGGUCACACGGGUGCCUUUACCUGCUGCAGGCCUGGUACGUAUUUCUUCUCCUGGACAAUUGACACAUCAGUAGGACACCGAAUCAAUACUGAAAUGAUGAUGAAUACUUCCAUAAUAGCUAUCAACCGUGCGGGUGAUGCUGACCAUUACUCAACCGCAAGUAUGUCGGUUGUGAUUCAUUUGCAUAUCGGUGAUGAGGUUUGGAUCAGAGUCGUGUAUCGUCACCCUACUACCGCAGAUAUCCUUGGGCAAAAGGCAUCAUCGUUCACCGGCUUUCUCAUACAAUGACCAUGCUCUAUGUCGUCUGGUCUGUUCUGGAUAUCAAACUUGACUACAUCACUGUGGCUAAAGGAUAUCAAAAUGCACAAUAUAUAGAAUAAAUACUCGUUUUCAUGCUUUAUUCAUUUAGCUCACUCACAACAUAUUUGCAUACGUACUUUCCCGGCCACUGCACCGAUCUCAGUAAAUAUAACUUCAUUAAAAGGCAUAUCAUAAUCAAUUUUUGCAAUGCCUGUUUGUCUAUUAUCUCGGUUAAAUCAGCUCGUAUUUCACAUAUUUCAAUAUAUAUAUUUCAUCUAUAUUUUAUAUGAAAACAAUAUAUCAUUUUAUCGGUUAGUUAUUUUUCUAAUUUAUGCUUUUAUUUUCUGGCUCCAUCGCUUCAAAAGUAACAUUUAUUGUAUGUCGGUACCACAGGAGUGACGUUACUUGUCUGUCGGUACCACGGAUGUGACGUUACUUGUCUGUUGGUACCACGGAAGUGACGUUACUUGUCUGUCGGUACCAAGGAAAUGACGUAACUUGUCUAUCGGUACCACGGAAGUGACGUUACUUGUCUGUCAGUACCACGGAAGUGACGUUACUUGCCGAACAAUUCCGUCUUUUAAUACAUUCAUGUAAAUUCACCUGUUCUUGUCUUUAAAAUAUCAUCUCCAUGACUCCUAAUACCGUUAAAUACACAAUACUUAAAAUGUCA